CAAGCAAGCCACUGGGGAGUGGAAUAUACAUUACUCUGUUCUCUCCUCUUCCCAUAUACAUGCCAUCAGCUCAAACAGAUAAACACCAAGAAACCGAGUGUUGGGGAGCUACAAUUCUCGAAGAUUUUGGAGGAGCUGAAGAAUCGGUGACCAUGAAGAAGGUGGUGAGGAAGGAUGACUCUAAUAAUAACGGGAGCCACACGAAUUCAUCUUCGACGGUGACAAGGGUAACAUAUGGAGAGUGCCAGAAGAAUCAUGCAGCAAACAUAGGAGGAUACGCCGUAGACGGAUGCAGGGAGUUUCUGGCCAGUGGCGAGGAAGGGACGGAAGCUGCCUUUACCUGUGCCUGCUGCGGCUGCCACCGAAGUUUCCACAGAAGGGAAGUUCAAACUGAGGUAGUUAGCGACUCUUCUUCGUCAAAUUGAUCUAAGAUUACCCCAUCUAUUGCAUCCCCUUUUGUUUUCUUUUUUUUUUUUAUUAAGAAAAACUAUAUAUUGUUAUAGUCCAUUAUAUUAAAUUGAGGGCGUACUAUAUAUGUAGAUCUCUCUAGUGUGUUCUGAGUGUUGUUUGCAGUUUGUGUUUGGUGUACGGCGUGGAUGUACGUAUAGCUCGUUUCUUAUAUGUAACAGGAAUUGCCUACAAGUAUCUAUGAAUUCUUUGUCCGUCUAUUUGUUAAGUAGCAUAUUGGUAAAAAUAAUAAUUAAGUUCUUGUUGUUGUA